AUGCAGAACAAGAUCAAGGCGCAGGAGGUUGUCGACGCGGUAAAGCGGUAUCAUGGAUAUGAUAUAUCGACCAGACAGGCCCAGCGCGCUCUUAUCAGGUUGCAGCAGCGGGAUUCACAGCAGCAAAGCGAUGCAGCCAAUUCUUCAAGUGGGGAGGACCGGGAGAGUCAGCCGCCGCCUGUAGAAGGGCAGAGCGAGGGUUCAGCAUAUAGUGGAAUUCCGGGCCAGAGGUGGCUGCCCGAGUCUGUUCCACCGAGUCUCGUUGAUAGUACCCAACCGCCCCUGAACGGAGAUCCACGAAACACGACCUUUUCGACCACACCUCUACAGGGACAGCCCAUACAGCAACAUCCGCAGCAGCUACAUAAUCCUCAGCGAGUACGACCCACUGUCCAGACACAACAGCCGCUGCCUCCGCCCACUCCCGUCCUUCAAGCGCCAGCUGUUCCACAACAUGAGCAGACCCUUAACCAUUCCCUCCAAUCUCAGCAAACCUCUCAACAGCCUAACUAUCCCCUACCGACUGCUACUCAACCUACUCGACAAACAGGACUCGCCAAAUCUCCAACGCAAGCCCAACAACCUGGGCACGGUCAUCAUUCUGCACCCCAGCUGGUCCUGUCCAAUUUCAAGAUCGAAUUUUCUUGCACUACGUGUGGAGCUCUGAAUCAGAGUUUCUUCCCAAAUCAAGGGAACGUCACUGGCGCACACUACGUUGCUCCGCAACCCAUGCCCGAGCAUGUCGGAAUUCCACACGCGGGUCCCUCGGCACCUACAGCCGCUGCUCAGGGCAUUGUUGAGAGCGCAACCGAACGCCUGAACGAUGCGCAUAGAUUUGACAGCGCUCGUAGGGCUAGCACUCGCGGGGCGCCAUCUCCUUGGGCGGCAACUGGCCCCAUGGAUGUUUCACUGGCUUCGGCGCAUGCUCACAAUAGCCCAACAUAG